AUGCUUGCGGCUGGUAGUCUCCGGAUGAACAUUCUUGAUCAGCUCUUCAAUUUGAUUCUCCGGCGAGGUGAGGGUCUGGACUACCUCAAAAAGAAAAACAACAACACACGCAUCAAUAUAUCAAUUGAAAUCAUUGAACUAUAUCUUACUAAACGUGGCUACAAAUUUCCUGCCAUACUCUCCAGAACUGAACUCCACCGAACAAUUUUGAUGCGAGGUGAAGUACUGAUCAAGAGGAAAAAUCUGCUGGAUGUCGACACACCCUUUCCAAGAAUAUCGGAAGCUUGCAAUAUGUUUGUUUUGCUCUGUAAAGUUGAACUCUGCGAUAUACCUUUCUUUUAUAGGCGACAUCUGCCUGGGACCGCAGGCAGAAUGUUCUUGGACAGAAUCUAUGACCAUCGUUUUACUUACUUGCUGAGUGAUGAAUCUACAUUAAGUAAAAUAAGCAUUGUUAUGCAACUAUUUGUAAUAAUUCGGAAAUGCGACAGCAUGGCAGCGAAGAGCGUGUACAUAAUUGCAAGCGAUAACAGGACUGGUGUUGGACGCCUGACGAGUUCGCAUGGCGUUGUUCUUGAACAAAGCGCCACCUACAAUUUUAUUAUUAUUUAUUCAAAGGAUGGUUCCAAGAUUUUUCAGGUUGUUUACAUUCAACAUUGA